CUACUGAACUACCGAAAUUCACACCGUGCAAUCUCCUUUAAUACCCUUUUGUUCUCAAAACUUGCUGGUGAAAAUGGAGGCAUACAGAAAGAGCCACAGAGGGUCCAUGAGAGGAAAAUCGUUGCCUUUUUAUAGAAAUGCACCAAAACCAGCUUCCUCAACCGCCGUGCAAUACACAGCUACAGAUAUUAAGCCAAAUCACUAUUCUUCUUCUCCUGCCUCUGUAGGGUUCGUGGUCCACGAGGACUAUGCAACCACAAAGCGAAAUCUGAAGGUUCGCAUUGUGGUUGCAGAUAGUAGGAGCAAUUUGGAUGAGUUGUAUCGCCAGCCAGCAGAUGAAAGCGUGGACACCAAAGCUGAAAUAUAUAUCGCUAUGGUUCAGAAACGUUUGAUGCUUGAGCGAUAAAACGCAUAAGCAGAUACCCUGUUUCAAAAAAACAAAAAAACGCGUACGUUUUAAGAGAUCAAGUGAUCAUCAACCAUGCUAUAUAUAUUUUAGUGAUAACAUGAUUAUAGUUGCAGGGCCUAGCAUUUAAUAAAAUAAUAGUACCCUUUUUAAAUUUGUGCGAUUUUGGCACUUCGUGUAGAGAUAAUUAUGUUAUGCUGUAAUAAGUAUGAAUUUUACAUAGUAGUAGUUUGUUUGGCUUAUAUAUAAAUAUGUUUGGCAAAUUAAAGCUAUGGUUGUAUAGUGAUUAAGUAUUAUUUUGGGUUAUCAGAUCAUAAUGAGUAGAAAUUGAAAAUUGUUGCUUUCUCAUUGUAUCAAACUAUAGGUUCCAAAUUGUAAUCCAAACAUGAUAGUAUAUAUUUGAAGCAAAUCCAAUUGAGUUUGCACCCA